AUGAACAACGGGCACGUAGCCUUGACGGUGCUGUCCAAUUUGCAGGACCAGCACGAUUGGACACAGCUGGAAAUUAUCCGGCUGCCCGAACUGAAAACCGACGUCGUCAAAGGGCUGCCCCCUCGGCUGCUCUAUCUGCACCCUGAUGACCAAAUUGCUGCGCUGGCGCAGGACACAGCUGGCAUACAAAAGCCCGACAACGACCCUGUAGUCGAAUGGGUUUUGCCAGUCCAACUGGCAGAUACGUGGUCACUAUCAAAGCUGGCGUCUGUCUUUGACGCUUUGAGAACCAACUGGACCCACGAUCAACGCAAGCGCAUCAUUCUGGCAACAUUGCACAACGACUCUACGGUGGUGUACUAUUUUGUGCAUGAGGGAAUGGUAAAGCCGCGUCAGAAUUGA